GAUCAAUUUCGUCACCAUCCCCUUCCUCUUCGACAACCCGAAACCCCGACGGAUCACUCGCUACUCCCCCUCCUCUGUGUGUGUACACGCACUUAUUCUCUCGUCGAACUUCUUUCUACCCAAAUUCGUCGUUUGGCACUGCGCAGUAAACGUUUCCUCCGCGGUUACUAAUUUCCCGAACUCGCCGCGUGUUGGAUACCUUUUCGUCUCCAGAUCAACCUAGAAUCUUCUCUCCAAACAAACAGAGAUAUCACUGUCUCGAAGACAAACAGUACCAACCCAUCACUAUGGCUCCGCAACAACGAAACCCCGUACUCAAUGAAGACGGAAACACGGGGAUGCGACGGGUGGACUCCGAGGCUUCCGACAUGAGUGAACUCGGCAACGAUACACGAGCGCAAGACUAUCGCAUCCGUAAGAGUUCCUUGAUUGGAAUGAUCGACUGGGGGCACGUUAUGGUGUCCCAUCUUCCCUUGCUCAUGGUCGUGGGUAUCCUGACGCUGGUGGCGCAGAUUGUGCACCAGGUUGUAAUUGAACUCGGUCUGCAAAACAUUGACUGGUCCGUGCAGACCGUGUCGACCAUCUGUCACGCCAUCAAGGAGCUCUUUCGCGAUUUGUACGCUUCCAUUAUGGAAAGUCGCGGCUUUGACUUAUUCUCCCCCGCCGUCAAAACCACCGCCCUCCUGUUGUUCCUCGGCGCCUGGUGGAUGAGACGCAAGAGCCCCGUCUAUCUUUUGUCCUUUGCAACCUUCAAGGCCCCGGAUUCUUGGAAAAUGUCGCACGCACAGAUUGUGGAAAUUAUGCGCCGUCAAGGGUGCUUUUCCGAAGACUCGCUCGAAUUCAUGGGCAAAAUUCUGGCGCGCUCGGGUACCGGCCAAGCCACGGCUUGGCCUCCGGGCAUAACCCGCUGUCUACAGGACGAAAACACCAAAGCUGAUCGGUCCAUCGAAGCGGCACGCCGCGAAGCCGAGAUCGUCAUCUUUGACGUCGUCGAAAAGGCUCUCCAAAAAGCCCGCGUCCGGCCCCAAGACAUUGACAUUCUCAUUAUCAACUGCAGUUUGUUCAGCCCAACUCCCUCGUUGUGCGCCAUGGUACUGUCCCACUUUGGCAUGCGCAGCGACGUUGCCACCUUCAAUUUGUCCGGCAUGGGCUGUUCCGCCUCGCUCAUUAGCAUCGAUCUCGCCAAAUCCCUCUUGGGCACCCGGCCGAAUAGCAAGGCCCUCGUGGUGAGUACGGAAAUCAUCACGCCCGCCUUGUACCACGGCAGCGACCGGGGCUUUUUGAUCCAAAACACGCUCUUCCGCUGCGGCGGAGCCGCCAUGGUGUUGAGCAAUUCCUGGUACGACGGUCGCCGCGCCUGGUACAAGCUGCUACACACGGUCCGGGUGCAGGGCACCAACGAAGCCGCCGUCUCGUGCGUCUACGAAACCGAAGACGCCCAGGGACAUCAGGGUGUACGCUUGAGUAAGGAUAUCGUCAAGGUGGCGGGCAAAUGCAUGGAAAAGAACUUUACCGUUUUGGGUCCGUCCGUGCUACCGCUGACGGAGCAAGCCAAGGUGGUGGUGUCGAUUGCCGCCCGGUUUGUUCUGAAAAAGUUCGAAGGGUACACGAAACGCAAGGUACCGUCGAUUCGGCCGUACGUGCCGGAUUUCAAACGCGGCAUCGACCACUUUUGUAUCCACGCCGGGGGACGUGCCGUGAUUGACGGUAUCGAAAAGAAUAUGCAGCUGCAAAUGUACCACACCGAGGCGUCGCGUAUGACGCUACUGAAUUACGGCAACACGAGCAGCAGCAGUAUCUGGUACGAGUUGGAGUACAUUCAGGACCAGCAAAAGACGAAUCCGCUGAAAAAGGGCGACCGGGUAUUGCAAGUGGCGUUCGGGUCCGGCUUCAAGUGCACGUCCGGGGUGUGGCUCAAGCUCUAAACGUGCACCCGAAGGCACCGCUGGUAUGCUUGGAUGGGGGGUUUGAUGGGACUCUACGAACGAAUCUUCGCUACGCAAACUUACAUAUAUACACACACACACACACACACACCGACCGACACACUUUCUCUCUCUCUCCGUUUAUGGUUGACACUAUCUACACUUACUGUUACUACAUUUUGCCUCAACUGGACUAGAACUUCUCUCAUUGUCAAAAUUUGGAAGGGUUCUUGCGUGGUUGCACUUUAUUCUGUAGCUAGACGCGUUUCAACUUACUACCUAAACGGUACAACGUUGAAUGGGACUAAGAACCUAGGCUAGGAUUGCAUCC